GAACCUCUCAUGGAAUUCUUUUCCUCCUCAUCAAGUCGCGCCAAAGCUCGCUCUGCGGCGGUUGGCAUGUUGGCGAACAGCCCUUCCGCACCCCGGAUGCUUCCUGCACCAGCGAUUCCAGUAAUUCCCGAAGCAAUAGAUCCCAAGCUCGCAGACCGCGAAAGGACACCACCACCCUCGACAGUAGUAAUCGCGCUUGCACCGUCGUCGCCAGCUUCCAUACCCGUAUCGCCAAUUGAAGAAACACUAGAUCUCUGCGAUGAUUGCCGUGAGCGCAAAAAUUUCGGCCUCCGCCGAUGUGUUCCUGAUGUAGAUCCGCCGGCUAGGUUUGAUGAAGAAUUGCUCGAUAAACCCCUCCCCCUCACAGAAUUAGUCGGCCUAGCAGCAGACGUGGCCCCCUCACUCCCCAAUGACCCGUAAGUCCCUUCCCCCCUCGUUGAAACCGUAGAGGGUCGUCUAUCAAUAGCAAGUCCAAUUUCCUCUGGCGAAGGUUCAUGCGAAGAGCCGGGCGCAAAGGCAGCAGCCAGAUUGGUAGAGC